AAGAAGACAGGGGAACAAAGGAGGAUUAAAGGGGAGAAAAAACGAAGGACAAGACGAAAAAAGGAGAAAGAAAAGAGAAGUACAGAGAAGAGGAUCAGCAGGAGAGUCUGGGGUGUCCCUCCUCAGAUCGACGUGAACAGCAAGAGUUCUGUGUGGAGGAGAAACGACAUCAGACAGAGGAGCAACGUCUGUGUGCUCACACACACACACACGCACGCACACACACACACACACACACACACACACACACACACACACACACACACACACAGAUAGACAGAGGAGUGGAAAAAGUGAGUGAGGGAGGAGAGAGAGCGGGACCUGGAGGGGAAGGAGGGCAUGAGGGAUAAAACAAACACAUACCACCCACAGUGCUGCUUCACGCACACACACAUGCACACACACCGUCUGAGCCACACACAGAGUAUUUACGCCUGUCAGACACACACACUCUGUGGCAGCAGUGAACUCUGCAGCUGAACUUUAAAAAGCCAACACCACAGAGUUCACUUCAGAACCAGACGGCUCGAGAGAGACCGCAGAGUCCUGGUAUCACUGUAGGACUGCUAACAGGGAGAGAAGAGGAGGAUUGUGGAAAACCUGAGGAGAAACGGUGGGUCCAUCAGUCCUGCACAAGGCGAUGGGAACCUCUGGUCAGUAGUAAGACAGACCGCUGGACUGCAUCCUGAACAAGCGUCAUGCGGGCCAGCCGAGCUCGGGCCAGAACUGUGGCGGGCGGGGCGAGCGGGCGCCUCCUCCUCCCUCUCCUCCUGCUGGUGGUGGGAGCAUCGGCUGCAGACAGCGAAGAGAGCCAGGAGAUCCUGUGGGAGUUUAACAUGGCCAGCACCGAGAUGCCCGAAACCGUCUCCUCAGAGCUACCCCGCGUCUCUCCUCAAAGCUCCUGGUUCAUCUUCAGACGAAACUCCAACAAAGGAGACAACAGGAGGAGCAAGUCCUCCAAGAGAGGCUCCAAGCAUGGACUGCCAGGUCCUCCAGGUCCUCCUGGCCCUCAGGGCCCCCCGGGGCCUCCUGCCCCCCUGCUGCCCGGACAGGAGGAGCUCCUACAGGAACUCAAUCUGAAGGUGAAAGACAUGGUGGGCGGAGCCUGUGAGCGGUGUGACCACGCCCCCCAUGUGCUCACGGCCUUCCACAGCCGACUACAGCAAUCGAUUAACGUCCCCCGCCGUAGUCUGCAGGAGAUCAUGCCCUUCACAGAGCCCUCAGACUCUGAGCAAAGCCUGCAGAGGGGCCAGAGCUUCAAUGCCAGCAGUGGCCGCUACGUCGCCCCCGUCUCCGGCUUCUACCAACUCACCGCCAACCUCCUGAUCGAGCCCAGUGAGAGAGCCCAGGCCAGACUGAGGGACAGUGUCAGAGCUUCAAUCUGCAUUGAGUCUCUGUGUCAAGGCAACAUAUCUGUAGAGUCGGUGAGGGGGGUGGGGACUGGAGGUGGAGUGUUCAGCAUCCUUCUGACAGGAACUCUCUACCUACAGGUGGGCGAGUACAUCUCCGUGUUUGUGGACAACGCCACUGGAUCCACUGUCGCGGUUCUCCCACAAUCCCUCUUCUCUGGAAUACUGCUGGGGGUGUGAGGGAGGCUCACACACACACACACACACACACACACACACACACACGCACACACACGCACACGCACACACUAAAACAAUACAAAACACAAAGGAUUUAUUGAGUUCCAUUGAUAAGAAGUAUGUCAGUGAGCUCCUUCCUUCCACACCUCCACAUGUGACAGAUGUUCCACAUGUGACAGAUGAUCCACAUGUGACAGAUAUUCCACAUGUGACAGAUGAUCCACAUGUGACAGAUGUUCCACAUGUGACAGAUUUUCCACAUGUGACAGAUGAUCCACAAGUGACAGAUGAUCCACAUGUGCAGAUGUUCCACAUGUGACAGAUGAUCCACAAGUGCAGAUGUUCCACAUGUGACAGAUGAUCCACAUGUGACAGAUGAUCCACAUUUAACAGAUGAUCCACAAGUGACAGAUGAUCCACAAGUGACAGAUGUUCCACAUGUGACAGAUGAUCCACAAGUCACAGAUGUUCCACAAGUGACAGAUGAUCCACAUGUGACAGAUGUUCCACAUGUGACAGAUGUUCCAGAAGUGACAGAUGUUCCACAUGUGACAGAUGAGCCACGUGACAGAAUGUUCCACAAGUGAAGAUGCUCCACGUGUUCCACAUGUGACAGAUGAUCCACAUGUGACAGAUGAUCCACAUGUGACAGGUGUUCCACAUGCGACAGGUGUUCCACAUGCGACAGAUGUUCCACAUGUGACAGAUGAUCCACAUGUGACAGAUGAUCCACAUGUGACAGGUGUUCCGCAUGCGACAGAUGUUCCACAAGUGAAAAUGCUCCACGUGUGACAGAUGUUCCACAUGUGACAGAUGUUCCAUGUGAAGAUGUUCCAGGCCACUGACUGAGCCACGCCCAGCCUCGCACCUGCCAAACUUCUAUAGGCUGUGAGCUGAUGACAUCAUCAAAAGAAGACAAGUUCACAUUCUGUCUUCAAUGGGACAGAAACACAGCGUGUCAGAGAUGGGAGACUGAGCGUGCAGCAGAUUGGUGUCUGAAUGAACCAUGAUGAGCCUUCUGAUGGUCUGAAUGAACCACGAUGAGCCUUCUGAUGGUCUGAAUGAACCACGAUGAGCCUUCUGAUGGUCUGAAUGAACCACGAUGAGCCUUCUGAUGGUCUGAAUGAACCACGAUGAGCCGUCUGAUGGUCUGAAUGAACCACGAUGAGCCUUCUGAUGGUCUGAAUUAACCACGAUGAGCCUUCUGAUGGUCUGAAUGAAUCACGAUGAGCCUUCUGAUGGUCUGAAUGAACCACGAUGAGCCUUCUGAUGGUCUGAAUGAACCACGAUGAGCCUUCUGAUGGUCUGAAUGAACCACGAUAAGCCUUCUGAUGGUCUGAAUGAACCACAAUGAGCCUUCUGAUGGUCUGAAUGAACCACGAUGAGCCUUCUGAUGGUCUGAAUGAACCACGAUGAGCCGUCUGAUGGUCUGAAUGAACCACGAUGAGCCUUCUGAUGGUCUGAAUGAACCACGAUGAGCCUUCUGAUGGUCUGAAUGAAUCACGAUGAGCCUUCUGAUGGUCUGAAUGAACCACGAUGAGCCUUCUGAUGGUCUGAAUGAACCACGAGGAGCCUUCUGAUGGUCUGAAUGAACCACGAUGAGCCUUCUGAUGGUCUGAAUGAACCACGAUGAGCCUUCUGAUGGUCUGAAUGAACCACGAUGAGCCUUCUGAUGGUCCUAACUGGUUUUAUUUGCUGGGCCGUCAGACAACGCACCACCAGGCCAAACUUAAACACCAUUCUAAUUACACAUGUAGAUGUUUGCAGCAGUUGUCAUGUUUGCUGUUGGGACAGAUCCCUCCUGUGCACCUCCACAAGAGGAACAACAUGUAAUAGCAAAUGUUAAAAUGGUUUGAAAAGCAGAACCUCCAGAGGCUCUUUGUAGAACACAAACGUCCUGGUCAGUCUGCUCCUUCUGUGACGGAACUUCUCUCUGACUUCCACCACUCGGCCAGGCUCAGACAGGGAGCACACGGACACGCUGUCCUGUCCGCAGACAGUCACAGGUCCGAUCUCCUCCAGGGCACCGGUCAGCAGCCACACGCUGCCGUAGUGGCUUUAAGCCAGGCACACGCUCCUGUCUGCCCAGGGAAAUGUCCAGGAUAUACAUUUCAGUGUCAUGUGUACAGCUCGACCGUUUCUCUUCUCAGUCUGUUAUGAGAUUAAUAUUUAUUCUCUUCUGGAUGUGAUGACAAAGUUGUGAAUAAUUUUACUUGUAAUAAAACAUUUUU